AUGGCCUACCAAGGCAUGGGAGGAGGCAACGGCCUCAGAUCCCCGCGCGAAGAGCAGUCGUUCCUUUCCCUGAAUCGCGCCGCUCAGAACGGCGAUGGCCGCGCGACCCUGCAGCGCCGCUUCACGACCAACAACAUUCCGACCAUGAGCACGCCUCUGUCGCCAAUCGGACAACAACGUAGACAAGCGGCAGAGCCGGCCGAGUUUACUACAGCGACGUACCACAAGCUCCAAGUUCUUGAGAGAAAACGGAUCGAACACGAGUAUCUCAAAGAAGCAAAACGGCGAUUCGACGCUGAGAUGGAGCUCCUCAACUUGCAAGCCCAGCACGGCGAGAGUGACACCAACCGAUUCUCGGCUGAUGCUCACUACGGCGGACCUGCGCAUAGCCAGCCCACUACCCCGCCCGAGUACAACGAGAGCAACGGGUUCCCGUCCGCUUUGUCGCGUCCGAACCGUUUCAGCAUGUCCAGUAUCAACCCGGGUAUGACCACACGCGGUAGCCGUGCCAACUCCCAGGUCACUUCCCCUCCCGCCAACUUCCAGAGCAACGGCAACUUGCCUUCGCACUCGAUGCCAGGAUCUCGUCGCAACUCUGAGGAGGAGCAUGACGACUUCGAGAACGACGACUUUACUCCACUGAGUCCGGCCGCGCGCAAGAGCAACCGCAUGUCCAUGCCCGUUACUAGAAUGGACUACGGCAACCGCGGAAAUCUUCCAGAUGUGGGCUCGCUUCUUGGCCAUAUUGAUACUGCCGGCUUCUUGUUUGGUGAUGACGCAUCAGCUGCCACUCAAGACCAGAAGGCUUUCCUGCAGAUGGGUAAUACCAAGGACGACUUUCCAGUCUUGGUCCGCCGUGAUGGUGCUGGUAAUGGUACGAACCUCUCUGCCUCUUCCGCUGCACUUGAUUUGGCCCUUUCACAGUCCCCUGGCCCGGAUGCUCAGUCCACUGCUUGGAACGGACACCGUCAUCGUCAGGCUCAACAGUCCCUUCCUGCUAACACUUUCCGUAAAGCUUCUCAGAUGGACGACUAUGAGUCCGGUCGAUCCAACGGCGCCGAGAUCACUCCCAAGAACAACCGUCGCUCGGUGGAGUUCAGCUUCAGCCCCAAGAACAAUGAGUCCAAGCGCUCCAGCUACGGUGGCCCGACCAACGGCAUGCCCAAAUUGACUCAGUCGUACUCUACAAACGACGUUCCGACCCUGAAGAAUGGAGCGAACGGCGCCAAUAGUAUCGGUUUCACGCACUCGCAGCAGUUCCACAACCACAACGCUAGCCUUGGUCGCAUUCCGUCAAAUGUGCUGUCCAACCGUAACAGCCGCGAUCUCUCACUCGGUAAUCGCGAGUCUGAGUACCGUUCUCCGCAGUCAGGCUUGCACGCAAGCGCUGCACCUUUCGGUCCUGGUAUGACUUCAGCUGCCAACGGCAACGGCGGAGUCUCGUCGACUGUCGGUUCACCAGCCAUGUCACAGUACUCGAGUGUUUCCGCUGCCAACCCAGGAUACUAUGGAUACGGCAUGAACAUGCUGAACGGUGCUUUGAAUGGUCUCAACCUUGGAGGUGGGCCCGGUCCUCAGUACGGUGGACCCACUGCUUAUGCUCCCAACGGCAUGUACGGUAACGGACCGUCGCAGUACAACCCAUACGCUACCUAUGGCCCAGGUGGUCGUGUACAGGACAGCCAGGCUCGCGUCAUUCAGAGCCGUCGUCUGCAGAACGACGCCAACAAGUACAUGAACUACGAUCUGAAGACCAUGCCCCGUCACGAGAUCUACAGUUUGUGCAAGGAUCAGCAUGGUUGUCGGUUUCUGCAGAAGAAGCUCGAGGAGCGCAACGCGGAGAACAUCCAGAUCAUCUUUGAUGAGACUGCCCCUCACGUCGUUGAACUCAUGACUGAUCCUUUCGGCAACUACCUCUGCCAGAAGUUACUAGAGUACUGCAACGAUGAGCAGCGCAACACUCUUGUCCGCAACGCUUCCCCUGCGAUGGUUCAGAUCGCGUUCAAUCAGCACGGCACUCGCGCUUUGCAGAAGAUGAUCGAGUUCAUCUCCACCGAUGAUCAGACUCAGAUGAUUAUUCACGCAUUAUCUGGACAGGUCGUCGAUCUCAUCCAGGAUCUGAACGGCAACCACGUCAUUCAGAAGUGCCUGAACCACCUCAAGUCCGUGGAGGCCCAGUUCAUCUUCGAUGCUGUAGGCGAGAACUGCAUCACUGUUGGUACCCACCGCCAUGGAUGCUGUGUUCUUCAGCGUUGCAUUGAUCACGCCGUCGGUUUCCAGAAGGUCGAUUUGAUCCGCAAGAUCACUGCCCACAGCUUCCACCUUGUGCAGGAUCCAUUUGGCAACUACGUGGUUCAGUACAUCCUCGACCUCAACGAUGCGGCCUUCACGACCCCCAUGUGCCAGGGCUUCCAGACCAAGAUUUGCGAGUUGUCUAAGCAGAAGUUCAGUUCCAACGUCAUCGAGAAGUGCAUCCGCUGCGCUGAGCCGCACGUCAAGGGCAUGAUGAUUGAGGAGUUGCUUGACGUCGAGCAGCUUGAGCAGCUCAUGCGCGACUCUUACGGCAACUACGUUAUCCAGACUGCACUCGAGUUUGCUCCCGCCGAGCUGUGCGUGCACCUGAUCGAGGCCAUGCGUCCGAUUCUGCCAUCCAUCCGCCAGACCCCUUACGGUCGUCGCAUCAUGAGCAAGGUUAGCGAGCGCGAGAGCCGCCUGGCUGCCUACACUGGCCGUACUUCAUCUGGUCAAGGUUCGCCCGGCGCUGGGCCAGGUUCUGAGUCGAGCUCGGUCUUCAACCAGGCCCCGGCACAGUACCAGCCUCCCAACGGUUCCUCUGGCUACCAGACACCCAUGUAUACUGCAACCGCAAACUAUGGUCCGAGCAUCAUCUCACCUCAACCUCACCGCCAGCCGCACCGCUUGAGCAACCCGCACCACAUGCACAACCCUGUUCAGGACAACCGCCAGGGCUACGCUGGCUACCAGCAGCAGCACCAGUACGGCAUCCCUCAGGCCAACGGCGGCAACGGCAGCUGGUUCUAG